CGGCGGCGGCAUUUGUUAUAUUUUUUAUAUUUUACAAUAUUUUAAUUUAAUAUUUUUGUUUCAAUCAUGUCCAAUCCACUUAAUGUUAAACCCCUACCCCGUAAACCAAUUCAUAAAGCUGGAAAAACAACCCCCCUCGAUGAAGUAGAACUUGUUGAUGUUUCACCCGAAUCACAGAAUGACGAAGAAUCUCAAAAUUCACAAUUUGAACUCGAUCAAGAUGUUACGGGAAAUUAUGAAAUCUAUACGGACACAGCUGGAUCUGACUAUGACUAUGAAAAUGGUGAAAGUAGACACCGGUCCCUUAGUCGGGAUCCAUUUGAAAUAUCACGCAGUUGUCCAAGGACACCACCAAGACCUAAACAACCGAAAUAUCGUUCAACAACUCCGGCGGCGGCAAGGAGUUUUCGAAAUAAAUCCUUUUCCAGUAGCAUUUCCAGCAGUUCAAGAAGUGAAUCUCUUGUUGACCCGAAAACAAACAGUUCUCUGUUUUCAAUGUUUAUGAUUGCCAUUCUAUUGGUGGUAUUUGCCGGUGCUUUGGCCUUUUUCAUUGAUUAUCGUAUGAAAACUGUGCCGGCUCCAAUGAAGAAUUGUUCAUAUGUUCCACUGGCGAAAUCAUAUCCCCACCAAGACCAUAAGGUAUGGAAUAUUCUAAGAGUUGGAAUCGAAAUGAUUUUAAAUAAGCGUGUCGAAGAUCCUGCCGUAUAUUUGUUUGUGCAUCAUGGUGGCAGUCGUAUUGAUAAGCUGGUAAAGGAAAUUGCCCUGCACACGUCCAGUUGUUUUGAUGAUAAAAAACAGCCCAUUGAAAUGGUCCAUGAAGAUUUUACAUCUGCCGAGGCAAAGGAAGACUAUGGCCGAGCCAUUGAAAAGUUCCGUAAGAAAAUCGCCAAAGGCAAUGUUAUACUCAUUGCCAAUUUAAAUGAGAUACCACCCGAAGCUGCCAGAGCCUUCCAUACAAUAUGUGAUACCCAUAGUCCCAUAGCAAAAGAUUUGGUGAUAUUUUUAACUUUAAUUAUUCCGGAAAAUAAGGAAGGAAAUGCCAAUGUGGACACCCUUACGGAAGACACUUUGUUCCAGUUGUGGGGUAAAUCUUUGCCUCGCAACGAAUUGGAUCCCCUGAUAACUCGCGUAACAGACCAGGUCAUUGCCUUAAAGAAUUGAUAAUCAGUAAUUAUUAUGUGUCGAAUUUGUUUAUGUUGUAAUUUUUAUUUUUAUAUCGUCUCAAACCGACUGUUGUAUUUUUAUUUUUUUAAUUAAAAUUGUUUCUAGAUCAAGUUUUCAUUUUA